AUGGGAAAUAGUGCAGCAAAAUUAAAUAGAAAAUUUGAUCAUUGGAUUUCAAAGGCACAUAAUUUUAUAUUCAAGGCAUCUUAAGGCAAAGAUCCUCAAUUGGUUAUUGAUCAUAAUAGUCAAGGCCAUCCUGUAGAUCAAAACAUUGAAUAGCAUUAAAAUUAAGGAGAUCAGUAAUAAGAAGCCUAGAGCAUUGAUGAUAACCUCAAUGAGAAUAAUUAUGAAUCAUUGAUUCUUACAUCUUCAAUCACAAAAGAUGAAUCGAAUUCAGACAAAAGAAAAGCUUCAUAUUAAUUAGUCUCGGAAAGUGAAUCUAAAAGAGUAUGUGUCAAUUAAGAUUAUGUAAUAAUUGAUGAAUGA